AUGUCCCGUCUCCUCUCGCUCGUUCUCCUCAUCGCCACCGUUUUUGUCGUCUGUCAAGCGAUCCUUCCGAACUCCCCCUCUUCUGAUGAAGCUCCCCAACCCAACAAUCUUCUCGUUUGUGAAGGCAACUGCACGGUUGCGAGUUGCAAUGCGUGCUGUUCGGGAUUUGGCAGCGCCGGAUUGUGUCUUCCUGUUUUGGGAAUCGAAUGGAAUAUAGCCACAGUUCGAGAUGUUGUUUGGAAUCACGCAGCUAAAAUUGCCCGGUGGCCUCAGGAACACCCAGAAUACUCUGAGGUGUAUAUCAGCAGAUUAUUGGUUUACUGGGGGGCUACAUGCGAAAAUAUACGCAACAAGUCGCUAAAAUUUUUGAUCGAGUUCGAAUCGACAAUGCUCACAGCACACCGAUACAUGUCAUUUAUCAAAAUGUUGAAUGCUGUAAUGUCAAAUCAUAACGAGCACAACCACAUUCCAAAGGACUAUGCCGAGGAAGCACGC